UAACGUUGUCUCUUUGGAUUUGGGUUUGAAAUGCCUUAACUAUUUACAGGCGAGAAACUGUGAGUGGGCAUCUCCAGUUCAGCAUCGCGUCUUCGCCUCUCAAUUUACUUUUUCUCUCAUUCUUCAUAAAUUAAGACCCCAUCUCUGCAAAUGCAUAAAGAUUCCCUUCUUUCUUGAACGACUUUUCUUUCUUUUUUUGUGUGAGCCCAAUACAAGAAAUGUCAUUCUCUUCUUGUUUUCUCCGAGCUCCACCCUGCGUUUCUCCUCUCCGGGUUGAUCUUCACACAAGACCGCCCAUUACUAACCUAUGUAACACCCGAGCGAGUAAUAAUUCUCAUGAAAGCACGAAAAUAUGGGUUCUUGGUAUGAGGCAACGGUCAAGCUCUAAUUUUCUUGGAGGUUCAAGAACUAUUAGUAUACCUAUUCCUGGAACAAUGGCUGUACACAGAAAAAGCUCAGUCGUAUCUGCUUUGUGUAAUGGGCUUGCGAAUUCUCAGAUUGCUGCUAGUGCUUUUACAUGGGGUACAGUUGCUGUGCUUCCAUGUUACACCUUCAUGGUUGUCGCGCCUCAAGCUGACUUUACUAAGAAAAUAGUGGCAAGCAGCAUACCCUAUAUUGCUCUUGCCAUCUUGUAUGCUUAUCUACUCUAUCUGUCGUGGACACCCGACACAAUCCGCUACAUGUUUGCAAGUAAAUACUUGCUGCCGGAGCUACCGGGCAUUGCCAAGAUGUUCUCGAGUGAGAUGACUCUCGCUUCUGCUUGGAUUCAUUUGUUAGCCGUCGAUCUCUUUGCUGCAAGCAGGCAGGUGUAUUUUGAUGGACUGCAAGACAACGUGGAAACCCGGCAUUCGGUUUCUCUUUGCCUGCUGUUUUGCCCCAUUGGCAUUCUUACACAUUUUAUAACUAAAGCAGUGAGCAGGAAAACAGAGCAUGGAACUCGUUAAGCAAGCAACCAGUUUUCAUCAAUCCAUUCAGUGAUAGGAGUAGUCCUUGUUCCAUUAAAUUACUACAUAUAUCAGUGAAACAAUGCCGUUCUGCCCUCUGUUUACAUCAUUAGAUAGUCAAGGUGUGUUUGAUUUAUAUGCAAGUCCAAAUCUAUUCUAGUCUAUCA